AUGACGAUUCUUUCACCGCCCCCUACAAGCACGUUCACCCCCUCCGGUCCACCUAACGUCUCACGCUUGCUCCUUCCCAUCCAGCCGAACGAUAGUUACGUUUCAUGCACCACGUUUAACGCCAAGGGACAUAUCACGAGUAUCUCGAAACGAUACCCCAAGAUGCAGUUCCUCUCAUCGCACGGGCUCUACCCCCGCGACUUGCGCAAGAUCGACUCUUCCACCAUCGACAUUAUUCCUAGCAUCGUCGUGCGUGAUACGUGCUUCUUGGUCAACCUCUUGCACAUCAAGGCGAUAGUCAUGUUCGACAAGGUGAUGGUCUUUGAUACAUCCGUGACGGCGCUGGCAAAGAAGAUUGGCUUGUUCAUGUACGAUCUCGAGAACAAGCUCAGCACGCAGCCCGCGGGCACCAACCACUACAACUACCACCAGGACUACGAGCACCGUGCGUUGGAGAGUAUCUUGAUCAAUGUGAUGAGCUCGCUUGAGGCGGAGCUCGCGGAGCACAAGUACCACUGCGGGCGCAUUUUAGAGGACCUCGAGGACCAGAUCGACAGGGUUAAGUUGAAGGACUUGCUCGUAUAUUCCAAGUCUUUAGGGGCGUUUUACCAGAAAGCGUUGUUGAUUAAGAAUGUGUUGGACGAGUUGCUUGACAACGAUGAGGAUUUGGCCAAGUUGUACUUGUCGCAUAAGAAGAAUAACUCAAUGGACUUUACCGAGGUGGAGAUGUUGCUUGAGGCGUAUUACAUCCAGUGUGACGAGUUUGUUCAGCAGGCGGAGUCGCUCAUCAAUGAUAUCAAGUCCACGGAGGAGAUCAUUAACAUCAUUCUCGACGCCAACCGCAAUUCGUUGAUGUUGUUUGAGUUGAAGGUAACCAUCUACACCCUUGGCUUCACCGUGGCAACCAUCGCGCCGGCCUUUUACGGGAUGAACUUGAAGAACUUUGUUGAGGAGUCCGAAGUCGGGUUCGCCGCUGUAUGCAUCUUCUCUGUGGUCAGCGCCUUGUGGUUCACUUUCAUCAACUUCAAGAAGUUGGGAAAGGUAAGACGGCUCGCCAUGGCCCCCACUCCCCGCAAAGAAAAGCCUGAGGUUUCCUUCGAUAAGUUGCGCUUUGGCAAAACCAAGCAUUCUGUCCAGGACUCGAAGCGCCGCGCUGUUAUCUGGCGGUGGUUGGUGAACGAAACGAGGAAUAAGUAGACAAGACCAGGGGGAUGAUCCUUUAUCAAUAGUCUAUAGCCAAGCUUUGUAUUAUGAUACAUUGCUUGCAAUCAACCGGGACUGAAAUCCUCUGUAAUGGUUCUUUUAUGGUAAUAGAAAUAAUAAAAGCAGGGAUGGAGCGAAAACAGCAAUACGGAUUAAGUGCACGGUCUGGCCCAGGUCAGCAGAUCUCUACUGAUCACCUGGGUCGUCGAAUAACAACAAUCUUAUAAACUAGUAAACAGAUUUCUAGGUUUAUUUAAAACAAGCUUGAAG